AUGUUUCUUUCCAUGAAAUCCGUCUCCGUUUUGGUGUUGCUGAGCCAGUUCGCAACAGCCGCUCCCCCAUCAACUCCCUCAAACCACGGCGAAACUAGUUCCAAAUGGAAGUUGAAAAAGUUCAAGAGCCUGGUCACCUUUGGAGAUAGCUACACUGAUGAAAGUCGGUUUGGCUAUUUUUACAAUAAUAACGGCAAUGCGCCGCCUGUUGGUUGGGUCGACCCCGUGAACAACAAUACUGCAUCCGGUGGCUACACCUGGGCCCGCUAUGUUGCCUCUGACGCGAAUGUCAACCUCUAUGACUAUGCCGUUAGUGGUGCAGUCUGCUCUAAUGAGAUCACACCUCGCUGGUUCGCUCACAUCAAUGGCAACUUCCCAUCCGUUCUCGAGUAUGAGAUACCGGCCUACGUCGCUGACAGUAAAUACACCACAAAUGGAACCCCGUUCCUGGAUAUCCCUCCCUCGGAAACAGUGUAUUCAAUGUGGAUUGGAACGAAUGAUUUGGGUGAGGCUGCAUUCCUAACAGACUCUCAAGUGCCUGGAAAGACCCUUCCGGACUAUACAGAAUGUGUAUUCUCGGCUCUCGACAAGAUCUAUGCGAAUGGUGCUCGGUUCUUCGUCCUCCAGAAUGUCAUUCCAUUACAACUUGUGCCUCUUUAUGCGAAGCCGGAAAAUGGUGGAGUAUAUCCCAACCCAGAUGGGGCCACCAAUGUCACCGAAGUCUCGUAUAGGAUGUGGGAGAGCGUCAAGUCUGUCAACAAUAUCUACAAGUAUCAGCUCCCAUUUGAGCUGCUGAUUCAGAACAGAUAUCCCGGUGCCAAAUUUGCCUUUAUGGAUAUGUAUAGCAUUAUUGCCGAUAUAUACUACAACCCUGACCAAUAUUUCGCUUCACCAGCCAAUGUCACCGGGUAUAUUAAACAGUGCGAUGCGACUGGGAAGUGCUCUCUUGCAGCAAACCCAGAAUCAUUCAUGUGGUUCGAUGAUCUUCAUCCAUCAACGAAGACUGAUUCCAUUAUUGCAGAACGAUUUGUUGAGGUCGUUCAAGGUCGAAGCAAGUACGCUACGUAUUGGGGUUGA